AUGCUUCCAUUGCGAGGUCUCGUCAUUAGAACUGCCAUGAUGUUGUUGUCGGUGACGACGUUGCGAUGUUUGAUACUCCUGUGGUGCAAUGUCAUUGGCUCGGCUUCGGGUCUUGGAAUCCUCCAGAUGGAUGCUCGACGAGGUCAACAACACUUGACAUUUGUUCUUGCUUCGCAUCAUGCUCAUCAAGCGAAUCUUCGAGCAGCACUCGGAAGCCAGCGAGCUACUUACAACCGCUGUUGCGUGCCAGACACGGCUCAGCCUCUGAGACCUCGAUCGCAGCCACGAUAUUGCUUCCACGGACGCGCAGCUUUGCUUUGCUUACUUGGACCAGAGAUCAAAGGCAUCGCGAACAUGUCGGAUACUCAUCGUUGGCUCCCAGAGACCCACGCCGAAUAG